AUGAAAUUAUUCAUUGUUUUCUCUCUCCUGGUUAUUCUCACUGUAUUCCAGGAACAAAUUUCUAGUUUCUCCUUAAAUAUACCAAGUUCUCCUGGAUACUAUCAAGAUGGAGAUUUUGUUAUUGGGGGACUCUUUUCCCUUCAAGUGACUCAAGGGGACACCAGAACUAGAUUUGGCUUUCAUAGCACAACCUACAUACCGGAAUAUGUUUACAUAGAUUUCACUAAACAUUACCAACACUUGUUGGCAAUGGUUUUUGCUAUAGAAACAAUCAACAAGGACCCAAAUAUUCUAUUCAAUUUGUCCCUGGGAUUCUAUCUCUUCAAUGUCAACUUCAUUGAGAUGAAGGCCAUGGAGAGUUCUAUGGCUUUGAUCUCAGGAGAGAGCCCCCCAACCCCUAACUACAGCUGCAGGCCCGAGAAGAGUGACAAGCUGGUCGCUGUGAUAGGAGGCAUCUCUGCAGGAAUAUCAACUCAGAUCUCCCGAGUCCUAAGUCUCUACAACGUCCCUCAGAUGAGCUAUGCUCCUUAUAACCCCAGUCUUGGGACCGGAGUCCAGCCCCAGCCUCCUUACCAGUUUCCUGUGAACACCGCAGCUCUGAAUCAGGGAAUUAUUCAACUGCUGCUGUACUUCGAUUGGGUCUGGGUUGGCCUUGUGGUCCCAGAUGAUAUGAGGGGAGAAAUAUUCCUUAGGAACAUCACAGAAGAGAUGACCAAGCACAGACUUUGUGUUGCAUUUGCAGAAAAAGUUCCAGAAUUUCCUGCCAAGGACACAACCGACAGGCAACGUUUCCUAGAAAGGUUCACGUUGACAAAUGUCAUUGUUGUGUUUGGUGACACAUAUUCUCUUCUGAGGUUUGUCUAUAACAUCUUUUGCAAUUCUCCUCUUGGUAAUGUUUGGAUCACAACUUCAGAUUGGGAUAUCACCAUAUUACCCUUUGGACAGAGUCUAAGUUACACAUACUUUGGUGGAGGGUUGUCCUUUUCUGAUCACAUGGAUGAACUUCUGGGAUUCAAGGAUUUUCUCAGAGGUGUUCAACCUGGGAAAUACCCUCAUGAUAUCUUUAUCCAGGAUGUGUGGUCAAAUCUAUUUGAAUGUCCGUAUUUGGAUGGUUAUUGGAUCAGAAACCUGAGCCGGUGUGAACAAAAUGGCACGUUGGCCUCAAGAGCUCUGCAUGUUUGGGAUAUGAACACCUCACCCCCAAGUUACAAAGUCCAUGCUGCUGUGAACGCCAUUGCCCAGGCACUGCGUGAGGAGCUGUUGCUCAGAGCAGAAGCAGGAUUACUUGAUAAACGUGCACCUGGGGCUCCUCCACCGUGGAAGCUGCACCCAUUCUUAAAAAAGGGCCAACUUGGAAGAAACACUGAUGAGGAGAACCCUGUAAAUAAGCAAGUCUUGACAACCAAGCUUGACAUCUUUAAUUACCAGUCUCUGCAGAAUGGUACAAAAGCUCAAGUGAAGGUUGGCGAGUUCGUCUUUGAAUCUGGCACAGUUCACCAUUUUUCCCUAAACGAUACACUGAUAACUUGGGGUGAAUACUACAAUGAAAUUCCUUUCUCUAUCUGCAGUCCAAGUUGUAUACUCGGAUUCAGAAAAACACCUCUUGAAGGAAAACCGUUUUGUUGUUUUAAUUGCCUCCCUUGCCCACAAGGAGAGAUUGCAAACGAAACAGAUGUGGACCAGUGCAUCAAGUGCCCCGAAGAUCAGUAUCCUAAUGAGGAGCAAUUUCAGUGUCUCCCUAAAAUUAUGACAUUUUUGUCCCAUGAAGAUACUCUGGGGGCUGUUUUGGUCUCUCUGACCAUUAGUUUAUCUGCCUUCUCAGCCCUGAUUUUGGGAUUAUUUAUCUGCUAUCGGGACACCCCAGUAGUCAGAGCAAAUAACAGAAACCUCAGUUACAUUCUGCUUGUUUCUCUAAUGCUCUGUUUCUCUUGCUCAUUGAUAUUCAUUGGCCAACCCAGAAGAGUCACCUGUGUCUUGAGACAAAUGAUUUUUGGAGUUGUAUUUUCCGUUGCAGUCUCUGCUAUCUUAGCAAAAACCUUCACUGUGGUUGUGGCGUUCAAAGCCAUCAAACCAGGGAGCAAGUUACAAAUGUGGAUGGUGACUCGACUUUCCCAUGCUAUAGUCUGCAGUGGUUCCUUCAUCCAAGUGUGUAUCUGUGCAGUCUGGCUGGGGACAUACCCUCCUUUCCCUGACAUUGAUGUGCAGUCAGAGUUUGGGCAGAUCAUCCUGUGGUGUAACGAGGGUUCCACCCUGGCCUUUUACUGUGUCCUGGGGUACUUGGGCUUUCUGGCAGUUCUGAGCUUGCUUAUUGCUUUUCUGGCAAGGAGGCUACCAGACAGCUUCAAUGAGGCAAAAACAAUCACAUUCAGCAUGCUGGUCUUCUGUAGUGUGUGGAUUUCUUUCAUACCCACUUACCUGAGCUCCAAAGGCAAAACCAUGGUGGCCGUGGAAAUUCUUUCAAUCCUGGCCUCCAGUGCUGGCUUAUUGGCCUGUAUAUUUCUUCCCAAGUGCUAUGUGAUCCUACUGGGAUCACGUGACCAAUCAAGAAAAAAGUUCUUUAAGAAAACUUCCUUCGUAAGGCAAAGUAAUUUACCGUGACGUCUAUGAGAUGAAGCAUGCCAAAAUCAAGAUACAAAAGAGUGGGAAAAAAUGUGUGGAAAAAAGUAACAGAUGUUUUAAAAUGUGCUUCCUUUCUGUUAGUCUUAUGCAAGGUGACUCCUUAAAUUCAAUUCGGAUUAAAUUUUAAAGUAAUUAAGAGUUCUGGUGCAGAAAGCUCAGGGUCUGUGUUUCUCCCUUCUGAAGGGUGUCACAAACAAGACAACACAAUGCAGGUUUCAGAGUCUUGGCUGUGUUUGUGCCCUUUUCUCUGGUCGGGUGAAAUAACAUGGGUGAAAACUUAGGCAGAGCCUCAGGCAAAACUGAGGUGGAUUGUACCCUGAGGCCAGCUAUCACAACACUGGAUAGCUAGUCUACUGGAAGAGGAAACAGCCUUCAUGGAGUGCUGCUUCCUAAUGGAGUUGGGAAUUUCAUAUUGUAUUUCACAUUUUCACCUAGUGAAAGCUAUUUACAUUUGCACCCAUUGACUUCUAUUUUAAAGGAGGUAAUGUGUCUGAAGGUAGAUGUGGACCAAGUUAUAAGGCUUAAGACUGGUGAUUUAAAAGGAUACAGACAAUUGUGGAAUCAUGCAUCCUGGAUCAUGUAGAUUUUCAGGUAUUUGCUUUUAUCUAGCCAAGAAAUUCCUUUAAACAUGAUUACCAGAUCAUGCAAAGGGCAAACUCAAGUUGGUGAUUGCAAAGUAGGAGGAGUCAACAGGGAGAGGAGUCAAUACUGGGAGGAGCCUCCACUUGAAAGUGGCAGCCAUGGUUUUAAAUAAAUAGAUGCUUAGAAAUUGUUACAUGACCAAAAACAGUUUUGUCUGUGUUUUAGAACAAGACUUGCUUAUGUGUCAUUCACAAUUUUUUUAAUGUAAGAAAAUAUUUUUACAUUGUAAUAUUAGACACAGUGACACUAAGAGCAAGAAACAUUUAAGGUUUUCUCAGUCUAUUUUGAAUUUCACUUUUAAAAAACUUAUAUCAUAUUCAGCUGAGUUGCUUCUGUUUAGCCAUAAGAAUAGCAGAGAAGAUUCUAAUGUAAUCUGCUUUGGUACGAAUAAAAUAAAGUUUGAUCAAAAUGGAUUACUUGAUGGGCAUGGAAACACUUGUGUUGAAAAGUGUCUGAAACUACACAUUCGUGGGGAUUUCCUACUUUAAAGAGGAAGAGACUCCACUCUGCAAAGCUAGAAGGCAGACUGACACAAGCUAGUGGGAAGAAAUCCCUGUUUGCUGGAACUGGUUUCCCUCUUGGAGCCAAACACCAUGAUGUUGCAAACCUAGUACAGCCCUGACCCAAGGAAUACAAUGCUUCAGGAGAAGAUCCAGAUGGAUGGCAGGAGUUUUAGAUGCUAGUUGGAGCUUAUCCAAAUGAUUAAGUAGCUGUUCAUCAAAUAUACGUGGCUAACUAAAUGUUCAGACAUUCAAGUGUGUUGUAAAUGGGCACACUGUGGUAAUCACAUUGAAUAUCCAUCAAUUAACAAUCCUCAAAAACUGUACAAAUUUAUUAUUUGACUGUGACUUAUAAAAUAUGUUUGGGAAUAAUGUCAUAAAAUCUUUAAAACUUUUCAUUAUAUAAGCAAUCUUUUUGAACCAAUUUGCUUAAGAAAUACUAAACUAGUUGAAAUCAUCUGUUUCCCUUAUUAGAGCAUGUUCCUUCCAUCACAGUUCUCCAAAGGGAAGUCUCAUUAUGUUAAUUUCCCUGCCCUAUCUUGAAUAUAGAUUUCUAUUCCAAGAUUAUACAUUAUAAAACUUUGUCACUUUUCAGUCUUAUAUAAACAAGACAUACUGUAUGUAUGUAUUCUUUGACUCACUGCCUUUCCUGAGCCUGGUUUAAGAGCGUAUGCAUGAAGUGGUCUAUUUAUGACACACCCAUAUUUAGUCUUUUCCAUUGCUAAAUGUUGAAUCUAGAUAUGUAAAAUCACAUCAAUAAGCACCAAAUU